AUGAACGGACCAGGAUACUACGAGUUGUACCGAAAGAGCACAAUUGGAACUACACUGACCGAUGCCCUGGAUACAUUGAUUUUAGAUCAAAGAAUCCAGCCUCAGUUGGCUCUACGUAUCCUGUCCAAUUUUGACAGAGUUGUUGCUGACACGAUGAAAGAGAAGGCUAAAACCAAGAUUUCAUUUAAGGGACAUCUCCAUACUUAUCGAUUCUGUGACGAUGUCUGGACUUUUAUUAUUAAAGAUUUGGGAAUUACAUUAGAUCAAAAGGAAACUGUUCGUACUGACAAGUUUAAGAUUGUGGCAUGCUCGGCAGCUACCAAAGGUACUUAG